ACCUUGGGCUCCAGUACUUGGGCACCGCCUCUUUUCCUCGCGGGCGGGCCGCUAGGCGGUGCUGGGGCGCCUGCAGCCCACCCGCGAGGCGCGCCCGUUCCCUCGUCACCCCUCCGCCCCCGCCCGGCCGAGAGACUACAACUCCCCGAGUGCUCUGGGAACGGAGGCGCGGGGGCCACAGAGGGGAGGGACGCGAGGGCGGGCCUUCCGGGUAUGUGUUUCCGGCGUCGACGGCCGUGGCCGGGGACGGUGUGAGAGCGGUAAGAUGGCGGCGGCGGCGGUGGUGGAGUUCCAGAGAGCCCAGUCUCUACUCAGCACUGACCGGGAGGCCUCCAUCGACAUCCUCCACUCCAUCGUGAAGCGUGACAUUCAGGAAAAUGAUGAGGAGGCAGUGCAGGUCAAAGAGCAGAGCAUCCUGGAACUGGGGUCUCUUCUGGCAAAGACUGGACAAGCUGCAGAGCUUGGAGGACUCCUCAAGUAUGUACGACCCUUCUUGAAUUCCAUCAGCAAGGCUAAAGCAGCUCGUCUGGUCCGAUCUCUUCUUGAUCUGUUUCUUGAUAUGGAAGCAGCUACAGGGCAGGAGGUUGAGCUGUGUUUAGAGUGCAUUGAAUGGGCCAAAUCAGAGAAAAGAACUUUCUUACGCCAAGCUUUGGAGGCAAGACUGGUGUCUUUGUACUUUGAUACCAAGAGGUACCAGGAAGCAUUGCAUUUGGGUUCUCAGCUGCUUCGGGAGUUGAAAAAGAUGGAUGACAAAGCCCUUUUGGUGGAAGUACAACUUUUAGAAAGCAAAACAUACCAUGCCCUGAGCAACUUGCCGAAAGCCCGAGCUGCCUUAACCUCUGCUCGAACCACAGCAAAUGCAAUCUACUGCCCCCCUAAAUUGCAGGCCACCUUGGACAUGCAGUCAGGUAUUAUCCACGCAGCAGAGGAAAAGGACUGGAAAACUGCAUACUCAUACUUCUAUGAGGCAUUUGAAGGUUACGACUCCAUUGAUAGCCCCAAGGCCAUCACAUCUCUGAAGUACAUGUUGUUGUGCAAAAUCAUGCUCAACACCCCAGAAGAUGUCCAGGCUUUGGUGAGCGGGAAGCUUGCACUUCGGUAUGCAGGGAGGCAGACAGAAGCAUUAAAAUGCGUGGCUCAGGCUAGCAAGAACAGAUCACUGGCAGACUUUGAAAAGGCCCUGACAGAUUACCGGGCAGAGCUCCGGGAUGACCCAAUCAUCAGCACACACUUGGCCAAGUUGUAUGAUAACUUAUUGGAACAGAAUCUGAUUCGAGUCAUUGAACCUUUUUCCCGAGUACAGAUUGAACACAUAUCUAGUCUCAUCAAACUCUCCAAGGCCGACGUGGAAAGGAAAUUAUCACAGAUGAUUCUUGACAAGAAAUUUCAUGGGAUUUUGGACCAGGGGGAGGGUGUCCUGAUUAUUUUCGAUGAACCCCCAGUAGAUAAAACUUACGAAGCUGCUCUGGAAACAAUUCAGAACAUGAGUAAAGUAGUGGAUUCCCUCUACAACAAAGCCAAGAAACUGACAUAGGUGAGUGCUGGCUCCGGGACCCAGGGCCGGGCAGCACUGCCUUCUGCCUGUCGAGACUGCAAACCUCCUCCUGGUGUCCUCACGGCUUCCCGAUUGACACUGCUCUGUCUUCUCUUGCAGAGUUGGAUCUGUAGCGGUCCUUUGGAGAGUGUGUGUGGCGGGAGAGUGAAACCUUGGGGAAAAUGCUAGGAGAUUCUUUUUUCUUUUUGUUCUACUUUUCGCUCGGAAAGUUUUUAAAUCCUCAUUUGGUGCAUCUGUAUUCCAGCCAAUAGGUGUGCCAGUUUUCAUGUAAUCUUUACUGGCCCAACUUGGGAGUGGGGAAAUUGCUUAAAAAAAAAGAAAAAGAAAAAAAAAAGAUUAUUCUAAAUAAAAGGAAAAAGGCUUACACUA